AUGCAGUCCCAAGCUACAUCCCUUGCUUCGGUGCCGUCGACGGCCAAUACGUGGUUCCAGGCUGCGUUGGCUUCGCUGGGGUCUAUCUUUCACAGCCCCGGCAAGCAGGAGGAGUCUGAAUCGGAUGCGAUCUCUGGAUGGGUUGGGGAGAGGAGGAGACGGUGUCGGUCUGUUGGGGAGGCUCGUUGA